CGCUGACAUACAAUGUGUGCGACCGCAGCACUGCUCUGCUUUGUUGACGGUGCUCGGUAUCAGGAACCGAGACAGACAGUGAGACAGACAGACAGACAGACAGACAGUGAGAGCAGGUGGAUCAGAGAUGCAGUCUGGACCAGAUCCUCCAGGUUCUGGACUCAAGUCAGUCAGAAGAUCUCCUCGUCUGUCCCCUCAGAGCAAUGAAGGAAAACAGGAGAGGACAGGAGGCAGCUGUCUGAAGGAAGUGAAGAGGAGAGGAAGGAUGGAGAGAAGCAGAGAUGGGACAGAGGAGGAGCUGAAGGACAGACUACAGAAACUGGACCUGUCCAGCAGCUCAUCGGUCAGUGGAACCGGUCUUGUUUAUUCUGAGAUCUUCAAUCGUCAUCGGAAUCUGCAGGAGCCCAGUCAUGUAGAGAGUCCGGACAGAGUGAGGUCCAUCAUGAAAGAGCUGGAGACACAAGAGCUGCUGUCUCACUGCAUCAGAGUGGAGCCCAGAGAAGCUACAGAGGAUGAGCUGCUUCUCGCUCACAAGAAACAUUAUGUGGAUAUGAUGAAAUCCACUCAGACAAUGUCAGAGAGUGAACUACACACUCUGUCUGAGAGUUAUGACUCUGUUUACCUCCAUCCUGAGUCUUUUCAGGUGUGUGUGUUGGCGGUGGGUUCAGUCCUCCAGCUGGUUGAUCGGGUGAUGACCUCUGAACUCAGAAAUGGAUUCGCUGUCAUCAGACCUCCAGGUCAUCACGCUCAGGCAAACCAGGCAAACGGCUUCUGUGUGUUCAACAACGUGGCGAUUGCUGCUCGAUACGCUCAGACAACACACUCGGUCAGCAGAGUGUUGAUAGUGGACUGGGAUGUCCACCAUGGUCAGGGGAUCCAGUACCUGUUCCAGGAAGACCCCAGUGUCCUGUACUUCAGCGUCCACAGGUACGAGCAGGGAUCUUUCUGGCCUCACCUGCCUGAGUCUGACGGGGGGUUUGUGGGCAGUGGACGAGCUGAAGGACGAACCAUGAACCUGUCCUGGAACAAGGUCGGGAUGAAAGAUGCUGAUUACAUCACAGCAUUUCAACAACUACUGCUGCCUGUGGCCUAUGAGUUUCAGCCUGAGCUGGUUCUGGUCUCUGCUGGAUUCGAUGCUGCAUUCGGAGACCCAAAGGGGGAGAUGUGUGUCAGUCCUCUGUGUUUCCAUGUUCUGACUCACAUGCUGAUGAGUUUGGCUGAAGGUCGACUCGUUCUUGUUCUCGAGGGAGGUUAUGACCUGCAGUCGACAGCAGAGGGUGCUGCGUCCUGUGUCAGAGCUCUGCUGGGAGGAGCCUGUCCUCCUCUGACUCCGCCCACUGCUCCGUGUGACAGCGCCCUGCAGUCGAUCUCUCAGACAGUCUGUGCUCAAUAUCCACACUGGGCCCGUCUGCAGGUGCUGGAAGGCGGCCCUUUGGCUACAGGUAGCGUCAUCAGAGCAACGAGCUACGAGCAGAGCAUGGAACAGCUAAGCUCUGCCCCCUCUGUUGCCACUGCAACGGGCCUGGUUUAUGAUGAGAGGAUGAUGGAGCACCUGAACAUGUGGGACAGACAUCACCCGGAGCAACCACAGAGAAUCUCCAAGAUCUUCUCCAAACAUCAGCAGCUCGGAUUGGUUGCUCGCUGCCAGCGGAUAGCAGCACGCCUGGCAACAGAGGAAGAGCUGACCCUGUGUCACAGUGUCCAGCACAUCAAGCAGAUUAAAGCCUCUGCAGUUAUGAAGGCCAGAGAUCUGCACAAACUGGGAGAAGAGUUUAACUCGAUCUUCAUCAACAACCAGAGCUUCAUGUCUGCUCAGCUGGCCGUUGGAGGCUGCUUCAAUGCUGUGGAGAGGAUCCUGACAGGACAGGUGAGUAACGGCGUGGCAAUAGUCCGACCUCCUGGACAUCACGCAGAAAGAGACUCCCCCUGCGGCUUCUGCUUCUUCAACACGGCAGCGCUCGCCGCUCGCCACGCCCAGAAAAUCUCCAAUCAUGCACCUCUGAGAGUUCUCAUCCUGGACUGGGACGUUCACCAUGGCAACGGGACACAGCACAUGUUUGAGGACGACGACAGCGUCCUGUACAUCUCCCUCCAUCGCUAUGACAACGGGAUUUUCUUCCCAUCAUCAGAGGAUGCCGCCCCCAACCAGGUGGGGGUGGCCAAAGGGGCAGGGUUUAAUGUCAAUGUGGCGUGGAGUGGAGGACGGAUGGGCGACUCUGACUACCUUGCCGCUUUUCACCAUGUUGUAAUGCCAAUCGCUACCGAGUUUAACCCCGGUCUGGUCCUGGUGUCAGCCGGGUUCGAUGCAGCCCGGGGGGAUCCGCUUGGUGGAUAUAAUGUGACCCCUGAGGGAUAUGCCCACCUCACACACCAGCUAAUGUCACUGGCUGGGGGGCGGGUCCUACUCAUACUGGAGGGAGGUUACAACUUGUCGUCCAUUUCUGAAUCCAUGGCGAUGUGCACCAGCGUGUUGCUAGGAGACCCUCCUCCAUCCCUGGUAAUCCCACUCCCCCCUCCUCAUCAUAGCGCCGUGGCAGCGAUCAACGAGGUCAUCCAGCACCACGCCCCCUACUGGAGGUCCCUGAGGAUACAUAUCACAGAGUCUGUGCGGGUAUCCCUGCCUUCACUGGAGCAUCGUGGGAGACGUAGUUCUAAAGGAAAAGGCAGGAAGUCAGAGCGGAGCAGCACGGGCAAACCCCCGCUGCCCUCCCCAGGACUAGAGGCCACGACGACGGAUCACAGUCUGGACCAGCUCACUCAGGGAUUAGCCGGUUUGGACAUCAGUCAAAUAUCAGCCGGUCACACUCCUGUAACGUCCACUCCAGUGGGUGGGGCCAGGUCAAAGGUCCGCCCCAGCCAGGAGGUCACUUCUGGUGAAGGUGAAGUGAAGGCGGAGUCGAGUGUAGCCAUAUGUGAGCAUAGCCAAUCAGCGGACAACAAACUGCCUCAAGCUCAGACGGAAGCUCUGGCAGCUUCAGAGUCGGUUGCCGUUGGAGAUGAGGCUGCUGGUGGAGCGGUGGUGGAGCUUGAGGCAGAGGGGGCGUGUGGUUGGUCGGCGGUGCUGACAUGUGGAGGACAGUCAGACGGGUCCACUAUGUACGUGGUGGACCCUCUGUCCUGGUGUCCUCACCUGGAUGCAGUUAAGCAACUCCCCCCCUCAGGUAUAGAUGUCUUCCUGCCGUGUCAGGACUGCGGCUCUGAUGCUGAGAACUGGAUCUGUCUCACCUGCUACCAGGUGUUGUGUGGUCGUUAUGUGAACUCACACAUGCUGGAUCAUGCUGCUGUGUGUGAACAUCCUCUGGUCCUGAGCUUCUCUGAUCUCUCGGUGUGGUGUUACCUGUGUGAGGCCUAUAUCCACAACCAGAUUCUGUACGAAGCUAAAAACGCGGCUCACUGUGCCAAGUUUGGAGAGGAGAUCCCUCCAUGGAGCUGAGAGGAGAGGAAAUGACAACAGUAUUCGUUCUUCUCUUUGUCCGUCUCUUCCUUCAGCAGCCUGUUUGGACAUUUGAGUGCGUUGCCAUGGAUACCAGCAGCAAUGGUGCUUUGUGGGAGACGUAGUUUCAGUAACACUACGGCGUCCCACAGCUGCCAAAAUACUCACAAAACAAAAGAAAGAAAAUAAGUUAUUUUUAAGUGUUAUAUUUUUUAACUGCUGAUUGGUGCUGAUCUUCAUCAUAUUCAUCAGUAGGCUGUCAGUUCACUUCCCUGGAAACAUGACCAACCACCAGCAGAUUCUGGAUAUUUUAUUUAGAAUGUUGAUUGGAUAAAAUUUGAAAAGUUUAAUCAUGAACAGAAGACGUUUUUCUGCGAAGGACGUCUGGACUGUGGUGAUGAUGUCACCGAGAGGCCAGUCCCACAAAUGACAGCACAGUCACAGAAGUUUUAAAUAAAAUUUUAUCUUUGUUGUAAAUGUUUCAACACACAUGAUCACAACAAUAAAUAAGUUGAGGUCAAACAGGAAAUGAAACAUUCACACACUUGUCCACACCAACGUUGCUGUAAUCUUUUUAUAACAAUACUCAAAACCUGACAUUUUUUAUACUUAAGCUUCAGUGUGUUUGAAGUGGUUAAAACAUUUUGUCAAAAAGAAAUAAAAGGGCUGAUUUGUGUCAGAAAAUAGAAAAAUGACAUCAAAUGUAGGUAAAUGAAUAGAAUGAAGAAGGUUAAUCUGCAGAGAAUGUCAUGUGUUGACAGACUAAACUCAGAAACCAGAUUCUGUUCCUGAUGGUCUGACAGUUUAAAAACAUUCAUCACUCCAGGUGCGUUUGAUUUCUCCGCCUGUGUGUGAAUCAGGAUGAAAGCUUGCCUGGGAUCGAGACGAAUUCUGUGAGCUCAUUUAAUUUUACAUGCCAAAUAUGCAUUUGAGUAUUAGUCUGGCGACGCCAGUCGAGAUGAAAUCAGUCUGUGUUUAAAGUGCGUUUGGUUUCCCCACUGUCGGGUGUCGACGGCAGUGUGAGGUUAGUGAUGAGAGCCCUAGUGAUGUGCAAUAGCCUACUCUUUUUUCUUUUUCUGUUCUCACUCAUUAAACGUGUUUAUGUCCUGCA